UUCCUUCCCAUCAUGUCGCGUUCAGUGCCACAUCCAGACCUGCAUCUCGCGCGCUUGGAUGCGUUGUCGUUGCGUGCCCGAAUUAUUGCACGCCGCGUAUGCGUGCGUGACUGUCCCCGCGACGCCACCGACGCCUUCAAAGGCUUCUUACGCGACCUCCCCGCCGAUAGCCCGGACGUCAACUACCUUCUCCCUGCGCUCUUCUUCCUCCUGGACCCGUCCAACGUGCCGACCGCCGGCGAAAUUGAACUGGCGAACCUGGAGGCGGUCAUCAAUGAUUUUGCGACAUACAUCCAAUUCACCCUGGCCAAGGUUGACCCCUAUCCAACCCCGGCUUACACUGCGAUGUGGCUCCGGCUGUUCCCCUGGAUUGACUUUUUCGACACCUACCGCUCUGCGCUGCCGGCAGCAUGCACGCGUCCGCUCGGCCGCACUUUUGCACGGCUCUACCUGGUUAACGGCGUCGAGGCUGACGCAACGGACCUCAAGGGCUUGCGACUUCCCACGAUCUGGACGCAGCCGCGAUUUUCGUAUGUCGUUGGCAAAGAGAUGGCGGCAAUGUUCGACCGGAUUGGGGAUUCCUCAGUGGUCGAACAGGCCAGCAUGGUACACACCGCCUUCUUCGCCAGCAAAAGCGGAGACGCAUAUAAUAUCGAUAUCUAUUCCUUUCUGGAUGGCGCAACAGGUGGGAGUGCACAACAGUGGGCAGCCACACUAACCAACAGCUUCCGCCGAACCGUGCGUGCUGUGGCGGGGCGCCGUUUGAUCAAUGCUGAGGCCAUAAUGCUCAUCACCACCAUCAUCGGGACAGCACAUGAUACAUUGUCUCUCCUGAAAGACUCGGAGGAAGGAAACCUGCCAGUCGUGGGCGACUUCGUCAGAGGUCUUCUGGAUACAAAAUGUGUGGACCCGCUUACCCAGGCGGUGGGCAUCCUCGCGCUUCCAGGUCAUCCUCAUGAGGCACGCGAAAUAGAACCCACUCGGCAGGAAGCCCAGUUUCAAGUCUUGGUACUCCUCCGCAUGUUAUUGGACGUUCACCUACGCUACGUGCCCCUUCUCUCUGUGUCUCACGGUCUCCUCUCCGCUCUGGGGGCCACGGCCGGCUUAAACCUCCUCGCCGACGCUGAGGAGAUAGUGCGGUACAUCAUCACCGGCGUCUUGCAACCAGCGCUCACCAAUCCACAAAUUGUGAGCGCGCUAGCGCAGGACACGUCUGACUCCGCGCAGCGGCUAAAUCAGUACCAACAAUCGAUUCUUCGGCCACAGUUUGACGUGUUGAUUGCUGGCAUCGAGCGACAGAGUUUGCGUGUGCCGCGCUGGAUGGUCAAGGCUGAGAGACCGGGCAGGGUGUGCGACGGAUUCCACUGCAUUGUCGUUGGCGAGAAACGCACAUUCCGCCAAUGCACGGGAUGCAACUACCGGCUGUACUGCUCCGUUCCAUGUCAGCACUCGGACUGGACCACGGGCAACCACCGCAACAUGUGUCGCGCCUAUUUGUCGUUGUCCACAGGGUUGGCCUCGCUGACAUUAGCCUCCACACGCUCGUUCCUUCGGUUUAUGAUGAACGAAGAGUACGUCCGCGACCACGCCGGAAGCGCCGGGUCGCCGCCGAAUAUUGCGAUGUUCGACUACCGCGGCGAAUCAGGCAACACAGUGCGCUAUCUCGACAGCCUCACUACUAGUAGGGCGGUAACCGUCUCUUCCCCGGGGCUGUCCGGGUUCUACGAGGCGCUGGAGGCCGACUACGUCCAACGGGCGGCGCGGGACGCGGAGGUGGGUGUGGGGUGGAAUAUCUGCAUUCUGCGGCGCAUGGGCUCGGACUCGGACUCGGACGGCGCCUUUACGUUUGUCCAUCGCAUCUUGCGCAAACGAUAG